AUGCUCGGGUUGGAAGGCCUGGCGGUGCUGCACGUGGCGGUAUCCCUCGUGGCGGUGGGGCUUAACCGGGCAAUCAACACCUGCCCUCCACUGCAGAUUUCCUAUCCAUACAGCUUUCAUUUCGACCGACUGCACAUCGUGAUUCGUUUUGGGGGCGUCCUUUCAUUCCUCUUUGGCUGCUUCAUCUGCGUGUUAGCAUCCCUGCAUCAUGCGAUGCACAGCGACGAGUUGAAUCCGAUCCGGCUCGCCGUGGUCUCAACGACACAUCUGGGGUUGACUUUUUUCGUCCGCGAUGAUAUCCUGCUCGCGGAUCGCGUGUUUGGCUGCUCCAGUGGGUUGUUUGAAUCCUGCCGGGAGGAGCGAUGGCUUGAGUUGUUUAUCAACCCACCUUCCAAUUCCAACUCGAUUGAUCCCGCAAAUGUUUCGCUCACCACGGGGGGUGCGGGGUCAUCUUCGAAGCACUCUCAAAGCGGAAAUGGUGCCGUCGACACCAAGAGCAGCCCGCUCGCCAUCCCUGAACACACGAAAGUACUUCCACGGAGCCGUUUCUCCGAGAUGCUAGGGUUGUUUCUCAUGCCGUUCGCAGGAUUGUUGACGUCAUUUCUGAUCUACUGUUUCAAUUACCAACACAUUGAUUUGGUGUGUGCGGGGCUUCUGAUUCCCUUUUACAUCGUUAUAGGCCUCCGUCAAUGCCGCUCAAUGGCUUGGGUUCUACUUAAUAAUUCCGUACGCGACGCUUCGACGACGGCCCACAUAGAUUCCAUUUUGAACAAUCUGAAUCAUAUUGAUGGUGUUGUAAACGUGCACUCACACGUUUGUUUUGUGGUGAGCCCGGUAGACAUUCUUGCGAUUGUGCGGUUGUGUGUGAAGUGCGACGCGGAUGCCUGUGUGGUGUCGACGACGGCUCGAAAAUCCUUAAUGCAGGUUUCGAAGUAUGCAUAUGUGGAAUCCUUUUCAGCGGAUAUCACCGAGGUGGAGCUCCCAAGUUUUGCAUUCAACGGUAAGACGAUUUCCCAUCAUACGCAUCAUCACGGUUGUGGCCAUGACGACAAUGGUGGGGCGCAUGGUCACCAUGCUCAUUAG